CAACGAACGGAGUAGCCAUUUUCUGGCAGCAAGCAAAAGCCCCGGAGAACUCCCUCCCCCUCCUUCUCCUCCCCUGUCGUCACUCUCUUCCCUGUGGGCUGUCACCUGCGCUGUCUCACUGAGAGACGUAGCCUACUUUGGUAUGUUUCGGACUUUCCGCCGCUCCUCCAAACAAGAGUGGCAUAUCUGUGGGAUUUAUUUGUUCAGCUCAGACCGACUUCAGCUCCUCAUUUCUUGAAGUUCACCAGAGGUAUCCACAAACCCUGAAAGCUACUUUAUAAGGAUGGAUUCGGCUGCUUCCCUGUUGCUGGUCUUCGUGAGCAUCGAGACGCUUCUUCAAGUGUGGGGUACAGAAAGUGUGACUGCUUUGUAUGGAGAGAGCAUUGUUAUACCAUGCAAUGAUGAAGCUCUGGCACCAGAAGAUCUGAUGUUCAUCAAGUGGAAAUAUGAAAGGGACGAUGGAACUCCUGGCGAUCUGUUGAUCAAACAGGCUCGUAGUGACCAGCCCACAGUUCAGGCUACAGACGGUUACGCCCAGCGUAUCAGCAUCAAUGACAAGUUCAGCCUGCUCAUCACCCAGGCCUCACUUACAGACCAGAAGACCUUCACCUGCAUGGUGGUGUCAGAGAGCAACCUCAUGGAGUUCCCUGUAACCGUUGUUGUUUACAAGAAACCAUCGUCAGUUCAGAUUAUGGACAAGUGUGAAGUGUUGCAGAGGGACAAACUAACAACGGUGGGAACAUGUGUGGCGACAGAUGCAAACCCCGCAGUUACGAUCACAUGGAAGAAGAAUGGAAAGCCCCUGGUAGCUGAUGGGAAAGCCAUUGUGAUCACCCCCAGCAUGAAGCUGGAUCCAGCCACAGGCCUCUCCACCACCUCCUCAAUCCUCCAGUAUGCAGCCACCAAGGAAGACGUUGGUGCGACCUUUGCCUGCAUGUCCACACAUGAGCUGACCAAUCAGGAGAUUGACCUGGAACCCUUACCCAUUUACUAUCCAUCGGAGAAGGUUAACCUUGAAAUUCUGUCGAAGAGGCCCAUUGUAGAGGGAGAUAACGUGACGUUCAAGUGUCACGCUGAUGGCAACCCUCCACCCAGCUCCUUCUUCUUCCACAUCAAGGGCCAGCAAGUGCUGGUGGAAAAUUCAGACACGUACACUUUGACUAACAUUACCAGAGAGGCUACGGGUGAAUACAAAUGCUCCCUGUCUGACAACGGGGACCUACAAGCUUCCCAAACCAUCGCUGUUGGCUACCUAGACCUGAGUCUGAGUCCCACUGGGAAGGUUGUGAAGACAGUAGGGGACACCUUGUCUGUGGAGAUGGAGAAGAGCGCCUCGGGUGACACUAAAGUGACAUGGGCAAAGAAUGGAAAAGCAGUGAAGAAGCCAGAGUUUAGCCAAUUGACCUACACUGAUGCAGGACUAUAUUUAUGUGAGGUCUCCAUGAGCGGUCUCACACGACGUCAGAGCUUUAAACUGGUCAUUGAAGGGAAGCCUGUGAUCACCCGCCUGACCAAACACCGCGCUGAUGGCGCCAAGCACAAAGUUCUUACUUGCGAGGCUGAGGGAGUGCCAGAGCCCAGCUUCCACUGGAGUGUGAACAGCACAAACGAGGAGAGGUCCUACAUAAACGGUAAGGCCACCCACAAAAUCACAGUGAUCCCAAAUGUGAACCUGACUGUCAGCUGCAGUGUCAGCAACAAGCUGGGAGAGGACAUCAAGACCAUCAAUGUUUCCUCUGUUUUUAAGGAGGAAAAUGAAGAAAGAGGGUCCCAGAAGGAUUCAGAGGACCAGGCAAAGCUCAUUGUGGGUGUCGUGGCAAGCCUCCUCAUAGCUGCUGCGGCAGUGGGACUCAUCUACUGGCUGUACAUGAAGAAUUCAAGACAAGGAAGCUGGAAAACCGGCGAGAAAGAGAUGGGAACAAUUGAGGAGAGCAAGAAACUAGAGGAGAAUAAUCAUCCUGUGUAAAAAGUGCUCAGGCUGGAUGAAAGAGGAAGCAGUCCAAAGCAGUCCAGCAGCAUCAAAAUACUGACUCCAGUUGGCUGCCAACACGCUCCAUCAAGCUCCACAUACGCAGCAAGUGAUUCUCCACCAAGUCCUGCCCACAGCCUGCUGUCCCGCCUCACUGUCUGUGGUCUACAUUGAGGCUGCAUUGUGUUUUUUGUGUUCCCGGUGAAUGCUCCGUCUUAUGUUUUGUUUGAGAAAUUCCAUGAGGCUGUGUUGUUGUUUUUUUGCCACCUAGUUUUUCCUUUAGGUUCUUGAAUUUCUUGAAAUAAAUUUCUAGUACACUUCUUAAGGCCUGUAUAACAAAUCAGACUCAUGUGUAUGCCCUGGCUGCGCAUGCCAAUGUUUAUUUUUACUUUUCAUUUUUACUUUUUUUGUGCACUGUGUGUGGAAGAGCCUUUGUUUGGCUGUGCUGAGAGAGACACACACUUCACUGCUGUAUAACCGACUGAAACUGUCCUCAAACUUUUCAGAGAGUAACCUCAACAUCUCUUGACCUCCUGACUCAUGUUCACUGGUUUUGAAACACUGGAAAAUGGAUUGUUUAAAUAUUUAAUCAAUGGAUUCCCUCGACAGUAAAGAGUUAAUAGUAUUUGAACUGAAUGUACUAUGAAUGAUACCUAUACAUGCAGUUUAUUGUAUCUGUGAUCCAAAAAAAACUAAUUUCCUUUGUGCACAUGUUAACAUGGACAUCAGCAGAAGGUCACACAUCUAGCCACUAAUGACAUGUUUUUGUAACUGACGGACUAAUUAGUAAUUCUUAGUAAUUUUUCCCUCUUCAGCUCUUUACACUGUUUGAGUCUCAAGAGGGACUUAAUUCCUUUAUGAUAAAAAUAAUUUUAUCUGAUGAGGCAAAAUGUAAUGAGAAGAAGUCAUCAGAAACGUACAACACUUAAGCGAUACAGUAUGAUGUUCUGCCAUAGCUUUUCUUUUGAAAGUUUAUUUUAAAUGAGUUUGUUUACUUUUGAUUUAGUUUGAUACACUACAUUGUUGUCUUCAUGUCUUCUCCUGCCUUCGCUAUAGUUCCUCUACCAUGUCAUGGUCCUGGAGCAGAUUUUCUAUUUUCUUUUUCAUGUUUUCAUUUUGGAAGAGAUAUACUGAUGCCAAAUGUUCUUUUUUUGUGUUUUUUGAUGUAUUUAUAGCGUACCUGACUGGCUGCACUGCAGCAUACGAGGUCAUUCUUUCUUGUUUGCCUGUGUUGAACACACCAAGUGUUGAAAAGAUACUGUAUGGUAGGAGACAUGAGAGUGAAUAAGACUAGACGGUAUCUGC